AUGUUAACCAUCAAUCUAAAACGCACAUGUAUAUGUGCGUUUAGUCGUCUCGUUCUUGUCGGCGUUAUCCUACUUGAUCUGAUGCCAAUCACCAUCAUCUGGAAUCCACCACUUCUUUUGAUUUUUACUUUAAUCUGUGAGAAAUAUCACUUUUCUUGCACCACGACCCGCUCCCCUUCCUCUCAGCCUCCACCACCACCUGUCGUCGACGCCGUCAUUACACUCACAACUUCGAAGGUACAUCGAUUUUCUAUUUCUUCAUUUUUAACUGUGCGAUUCCUCACAUUUCUGCAAUCGAUCCAACACAAUGAUGGUAGCAAAAUCUUAGUCGAUUACGACCUCUACCGUCAUUUCUUGAUUUCAAUUUUGGGAUUAAUCGAAGUUACGAAGCUAUGUGCAUCCAUGGCACCAAGCGUCUCUGUCACAGCUGUGGUAAAAUCAUACGUGCAUGACGAGGCCAUGCUCUUGAAGGCUUACGAUGAGUUGUCGGAGAUAUUAGGCUUAAUGAAGGUAUUAUUGGUGGACUUUGAUGAGGAGGAUGAUAACAUCGUUGAUGAUUACAUUAACUUUGAAGAUGAACACAUCGACAAAAUCUAG